UUAAACUUUUAUUUUAUACUCUAGAUUUACACAGUCUUUAAUAAAACUCUUAAAGAUAAUUAAUUUUUUUAUUUUUUAAAUUUUACCUUAAAAUUUUAAUGUAGUUUAAGUUUUAACUUUUGAAAUGUAGUUUUAAUAUUUUAAUGUAGUUUAAAUUUAAAUUUUGAUAAAAUUUGCAUAAAUUACAAUGAAUCAUUUCGUUCAGCCUCUAUUUGGGGAUUUGGAGAAUUUUGACCCUGAAUGUGUUGGUUCUACUAAGCAUUUUCAGAUUCUCGACAGCAAUUAUCUCGAUUCAAUAACUAAAACAGGCCGUUUAUACAAAAAAUUAAAGAACUUUUGUGAUGGCUUGCCAAACCUUGAUUACUCCUCUGAAUUGUCAUUCAUAUUCACCAAUAAUGGCAAAUUAAACAUUGAUUCUGAAUCAGAUUCAUCGGUAGAGUUUUACUCCCAUAACACACAUCCACGUGAUUUUAUCGAAAAUACCGAUAAAAUAAUUGAAAUUGAUACCAAUUUUGAGGAAAUUACAGAUGAACUUAUUGAAAUAGAUAAUAAUUUAAAUACUAAGAAUGAAUUGGUGACAAGUUCAUAUUAUUUAAGUUGUUUUGCAAAUUCUAUAAAGUCAUAUUUGAAUGAAUACAGGAACUACUUGACUAACCUCAGAAAUGGCACACAUUCACCAGUGUCACUAACAACUUUGUCAAAUUUUAUAGAUAACCAGUUUAAACUUCUACAACUUUUAUACAAUAUUAUCGUACAGUAUGAAUACAAAUCACUGAAAUAUAAAGAUACAUUUGCGAAGUUUAAGUGUUUACUGGAGAUUUUGUACCAAGAUAACCCUGAUGAAUUUAUAAAUAUUGUAAAUUCGAAGUUAAGAUAUGAUUUACUAGGAUUAUUAAAGUCACAACUUACAUACUGGCUUGUAUAUGGUAAGCUUAUUGACCCAUUUGGGGAGUUUGUUAUAUCAUCACCUGAGUCUGACAAUCCAGGUUUGAACAGUAAGUCUCCAAAUUUUUUCAUUAAUGAUUUGUUAACAUAUACACCCAUCACCAGUUCUUCUGAAUCUAAUCAUUUCCUCCUCAUUAAUAACAUAGUGUAUCACUCAAGAAUAAAUAACAAUGUAACAUUUGGCCCUGUAAACUAUAAUACCGCUAAUACUAUUCUCAUGAUAGGUAAAAUAAUUCCAAUAGUAAACUAUCUGAAUAAAAACGGUUUAAAAACCAAAGUACUUAAAAGACUUAUUGAUGACUGUAUAUUUAAUUAUUGGAAUGAAGUGACUUUAGAUACUGAGAAAUUCAGUUCAGCCAUAGAAAGUUAUAGGUUACACAUUUCUACACUGUUAUGGGAUGUUUAUAAUCCCAAGUAUAACAUAUUGAAUAAAAUAAGGAUGUUAAAGGGCAUUUAUUUCCUUUUCAACGAGUCACUAUAUGACAAAUUCUUUGAACAAUCGUACGACAUAAUGGCUAUGGACUUUGGUGAUAACGAGUUAAAAUCUGUUAAUAAGUCUUUUACAACCUUAUUUAAUCGUCUUAAAGAUGAUAUGAGUGGUGAAAACAGGGAAGAAAAUCAAAAUUCUGAUAAAUUUGAACUAAUCAAGUGCGUAAAUCACUUUAAUAUAAAUUCAUCAUUCAAACUGAUUAAUGAUAUAAAGUUUAUUAAAGGAUGUUAUGAACUUGGAAAUGAAAGUGGUAUUUGGUAUUCUGACCUCAUUUAUAUAACGAAUGGAUUUAAUAUGAAUUUCAUUAUUGGCCUUCAAUUGGUCGAUCAGUACAGACGAUUUUCAGUGGUCUUAUCCCCUAAAAUUUUUAAUUCUGUUAAUGGUAGAAGUUAUAAUGAAUAUAGAACAGUAAAUAACAAGUGUUUGUCGAUUAGUUUUAGGAUUAAUCCUUUAAAUUCUGCCAAUCUAACAGUCUGCAUUGAUAUUAUGCUAAAUCACGACAAUGGCUCUGAAUGUGACAAUAAAUACACUAAAACGUUACUCAGUAGAAUGGAGAGUGUUUUUGAAUAUAAAGAAUCUAACUUAAAGUUGGGAAUUGAACUAAUGUUCAAAAGAAACAGCUUUAAAGUGUUUCUUAAAUCUGUAGAUGACGAGUUUUGCUUUCCAGAUAACUACUCACCUCAUAAUAAUUUGUCAAAUAAUUUAAACAAUUAUUUCCCUAAUGAUUUGUCUAGUGAUUUAUGUUUUCUCUCACAGUCUGAUUCACUUGACAAUGAAUACAAUAGUAGUGUUAAUGACGUUGAAAGUGUUGUUGAUGGAACAAAUUCAACUAAAAGUACUGAAGAUGAAAAAUUCUAUGACGUGGCUAAUGACUCUAUUGAUUUGAAGACUGAGAUUAAUCAACAGGACGUUAUCGAACUACUUAAGCUAGUUUCAGAUUUCUCAUACAUUGGAAUUGUCCACCAUUCUACUAAGGAUAAGGAUUUAAAUAAUUCAACGCCCAAAUUAAAUCAUGAUGGAAUUGAUAAUAACAUAAAAAUACUAUCAUGGAACUAUUAUAGCAUUAAUUAUGAUACAUUGAAUUAUAACAAACCACAAAACAAUUUAUCCAAUGUAAGUAAUUCAAAUCCAGUACCUUUUAACUACGAUGGUUCUGAUAAUUGGGUUAAUAUCAUAUUAUACUACAAAUGCAAAGACAUCAAUUUUAUUAAUGUCAGACCUUACUAUCAACCAUUUCAAAUCUUAUUCAACAUCAAGAGAAUUGUGUAUGGCCUUGAAAACAAAUUUCUAAUUGAUUAUAAAUUAAGGACUAGUUAUACUGAGAAGAAAAGUGCUUCAAUCCACUCUGAACGAAGAUUAUUACUUAGGAAGAUUUUAGCGUUCAGGCAUUACCUCCACAGUAGACUGUCUCUUCUACUAUCUAGUCUUUACUCGCUUGUAAUUGUUCCAAAUUUCCAAGAACUCGAAUCUUUCAUGAAUGACUCUAAUGACUUUUUACAAAUUAUUCAUAAACACGACGAAUAUAUAACAAAAAUACAAAGGAAAUUUAUGUGUAAUGAGCGUGUGGUUCAUUCAUUUAUCCAGUCCUUGGAUGUUUGCUUGAAGUUCACUCAGAUGUUUGAUAAAUUUAAUGAGUUUCCUGAACUCAGUGAUGAAAAGGUUUAUCAAUUCUCAACUUCAAUCGAUCAAUUCAGGAGUACAUUUGAGGAUAAUUUUGCUUUAGUGAAAAGUAACUAUAAUCUAAUAUAAUAUAGGAU